UUGGAAGCAUUCAUCACGCCAAUCUGGUAAAAUUAUUAGGAUUUUGUGCUACAAAAUCACAGAGGCUUCUAGUCUAUGAAUACAUGGUGAAUGUCUCUUUGGACAGAUGGAUUUUUAAUGGGAAGAAGGAACAUGGUCUCAAUUGGCAAACCAAAAAGAAAAUCAUGCUAGACGUUGCCAAAGGGUUAGCAUAUCUUCACGAAGAUUGCAACCAUAAGAUCAUUCACUUGGACAUCAAACCUCAGAACAUCCUCUUGGACCAAAAUUUCAACGCAAAAGUUGCAGACUUUGGUUUGUCAAAGCUGGUAGCAAAAGACCAGAGCAAAGUGGUGACAACAAUGAGAGGAACUCCAGGCUACAUAGCCCCAGAAUGCACGAGCUUGAUUAUAACGGAGAAAGUAGAUGUGUACAGCUUUGGGAUCGUGAUGUUAGAAAUUGUUUGCGGGCGGAAGAAUGUGGACUGGGAUCAGGCCGAGGAAGAAGAAGUGCAUUUGCUGAGUGUGUUCAAGAGAAAAAUAGAAGAAGAUGAAAUGAGAAAGAAUACUAACAAUUUUGAGUUGGUUUAGCUUGUCGGAAUCUGGUUCCUCUGUUGUGCCAAUGACUUGUAAAAUCUCUUC